AUGCCACCUGUACAGAAGCAAAGCGCGGCGCCGACACGCUCCUCGUUGAAGAGCGGUAUGAGUAAGGACAAUACAAAGACCAAGGCGAAAGCGAAGACGGCGAGUGCGGCUGCCGCGCCGACAACCAAGCCCAAAACGGUAACGAUGAUCAGCGGCAAGGUAGACGCUGCACAAGUGCUGAAGGCGUGCAAGGCCCUGGCUGCGUAUACCGAGAAACGCCUUACGGCUAAGACGUAUGAGCUACCGCUCGGUGGUGCCAACUCGCUGGGUGCCUCGAAAGAUGCGGACAACACGGUAUGGAUGCAAAUUACUGUGAAGAAGUUGGAUACGCAGCGCAAAGUGAAACCGGCCCGGAUUCCGCUGGCCCACCCACUCCUGGACGAGGAUGCCUCCGUGUGUCUGUUGACCAAAGAUCCGCAGCGCGAGUACAAGGACCUGCUGAUGGAGAAGAACAUUACCAGUGUGAACCGUGUUGUCGGUGUUGAAAAGCUGAAGGGCAAGUUCCGUCCGUUUGACGCACGGCGUGAAUUGGUGCGUGAGCACGAUCUCUUCCUCGCAGACGAGCGUAUCGUGCCGAUGCUGCCCAAGCUCUGUGGCAGUGUUUUCUACAAAGAUCGCAAGUUCCCCAUUCCUGUUGACCUGGUGAACAAGAAGCGACUGCCGGAAGCGAUUGAACGUGCGAUUGCCUCGACGUACUAUAUGCAGAACAAGGGCUCAUGCAGCUCGAUUAAGAUUGGGUUUUUGCACCGCCAUACGCCCCAAGAGCUGGUGGAGAACUUUGCGCAGGCUUUGCCGGCGGUGGUGGCCAAGAUCCCAGGCAAGUGGUCGAAUGUGCAGAACAUUGAGCUGAAAACGGGCAAGAGCGCUGCCUUGCCCGUGUGGAACUGCCGCUUGGGCGAGGGCGACGAUGAUGAUCUGCGGUGGGCCCCGGUGGAAGCCACAGCAGACGACGAGGAAGACGACGGCGACGACCACGAGGAGGAAGAGGAAGUGGUGCCUGUGCCGAAACGCAAGGCUGAGACGGCUACCAAGAAGACCAAGCGUGUACGUGCGGCAAAGUAG